AGGUAGCUAUUGAUAAGAGACGGUCAGAACCUCCUCUUCGAGAACAGAAAUACAACAUAAAUCAUUGGCUGAUUCAGGAAGCAGAAAUCAGACGCAUUAGAGAAAAAAAUGAAAGAGAAAAGCAUAGAACACCAAGUAUCCAUCAGGAUGUACACAUUAAACAAACUGCACCUUUUCAGAAUGGAAACCAAGCUGUAAUCAGAACAAACAAAAAUCUCCCAAGGCCCACAUCAAUGCCACCCCCAACACCCCCUAAACCUUCUCAUAUAGUUGGUAAAGUUUCAUUAGACCAGAACUUGGAAGAUCUGUUGAAGUUUCAACCAUCAGGACAAGUCAGGCGCUUCUCCCAGGGCAGCCCGAACACAAAUGGUGGACACAAUUGGAUCGGUGGGUUUACUCAGACUGCUGGUAGAGAUCUUCCCAAACAGCAAGACCCCAUGCUUUCUGUUAGUGGGAGAAAACGGUGUUGCAGUUGUGGCAACGAAUUAGGACGAGGAGCAGCUAUGAUAAUAGAAUCCCUCCAGUUGUUCUACCACAUCCAGUGUUUUUGCUGUAGCGUGUGCCAGACCCAGCUGGGGAACGGAUCAUGUGGCACGGACGUUAGAGUGAGGAACAACAAACUUCACUGUCAGAAUUGUUACAGCAAUGAUGAUGGUUUAAAGUUCAGUCAAGUGUGAGAUGAGGAGUGGCCAAAUUUAGAGUGUGAAAGCAGACAAUUUGUUCUUGCUGAAUUAAUACAUUAUAAUGUUCAAGUAAAUAUGAUUGCUGGCUUUUGAUCCACUACUUGCUAGAAUUGUUAAAGAAACACUUUAACUUACAGAUUAUGUACAAGUAAAUAUGAUAGCUGGCUAUUCAUCCACUGUUUGCUAGAAUUGUUAAAGAAACACUUUAACUUACAGAUUAUGUACAAGUAAAUAUGAUAGCUGGCUAUUCAUCCACUGUUUGCUAGAAUUGUUAAAGAAAAACUUUAACUUACAGAUUAUGUACAAGUAAAUAUGAUAGCUGGCUAUUCAUCCACUGUUUGCUAGAAUUGUUAAAGAAAAACUUUAACUUACAGAUUAUGUACAAGUAAAUAUGAUAGCUGGCUAUUCAUCCACUACAUGCUAGAAUUGUUAAAGAAACACUUUAACUUACAGACUGUUCUUCAAGUACAACACAUGACAUGAUAAGGUUAAAAAGAAUGUUUUAAUUAUACAAUCAGCUUUAGAAGUCUUGAAUGUUUGAUUCCUCUAUUUUAAAAUAACAUGAAAUGCUGGAUUGUUUUCUCUUCCUGCUUCAGUUUUGUUACAUCUGAGUUUGUGUGGAGUUUGAACCGGUGGCUACUGUUGCAGUCCCAGACUAUGUGUAAUAUACUCAAAGCUUAUUUUAAAGAGUGGUAUGUUUUGUGACUGUUACAUAUGUUUGUUUUUUUCAGUCCUUUCUGUUUGCUUUUGUUGUAUAAAAAAAAAGAUUAGUUUUAUAAGCUAGUUAAGACUUUUUUUUAUUUUUUAUAUUAGCCAUGGAAUCAGCGUAUAUAUUAGAUCAUAUACAGAUAAUAUAGAGAGAAAUAAAGGGAAGGGUGUGUUACAUAUUUCCUAACGGACAAGGUGCAUGAUGUAUUAAUAACUGUAGAAGCUGGAAGAUUUUUUAACCUUUAAAAUUAAUUUGUACAAUUUAUCUUGUCAUUCAUGUCACAAAGUAGAAACAAAUUGAGUUUUGCAUAAGCUCUAACUUUUUGUCUGCUUCCAUCCUUUCUUAUAAUAUAUAUAGAUCAAAAUUAUAGAUAUUGCACACGUUAUGAUAUAUAUAGAUCAAAAUUACAGAUAUUGCAUACAUUAUUAUGAAACAUAGAUCAAAAUUACGGAUAUUGCAUACAUUAUUAUGAUAUAUAGAUCAAAAUUACAGAUAUUGCAUACAUUAUUAGGAUACGUAGAUCAAAAUUAAAGAUAUUGCAUACAUUAUUAU